AUGCCUAUCCCCGUUGGAAAUACGAAGAACGAUUUCGCAGUAUUGCAAGCAAAAUUGGAUGCAGAUGCUGCCGAUAUCGACAAAUGGUGGUCUGACUCACGUUGGAGUAAGACCAAAAGAGGUUACUCGGCCAGAGAUAUAGCUGCUAGACGUGGGACAUUCCCGCCAAUUGAAUACCCAUCUUCAGUUAUGGCCAGAAAAUUAUUUAAGGUAUUGGAAAAGCAUCACAAUGAGGGUACAGUCUCUAAAACUUUCGGUGCCCUAGAUCCUGUCCAGAUUUCUCAAAUGGCGAAAUACUUAGACACCAUCUAUAUUUCUGGUUGGCAGUGUUCAUCAACCGCUUCCACCUCAAAUGAACCUGGCCCAGACCUAGCUGAUUAUCCAAUGGACACUGUUCCAAACAAAGUGGAACAUUUGUUCAAGGCUCAAUUGUUUCAUGACAGGAAACAACUAGAAGCCCGUUCAAAGGCUAAAUCUCAGGAAGAACUUGAUGAGAUGGGAGCCCCAAUUGACUAUCUAACGCCAAUUGUAGCUGACGCAGACGCGGGCCAUGGUGGUUUGACCGCAGUCUUCAAAUUGACCAAGAUGUUUAUUGAACGUGGUGCUGCAGGGAUCCACAUGGAAGAUCAGACAUCCACAAAUAAGAAAUGUGGACAUAUGGCAGGAAGAUGUGUUAUACCCGUACAGGAACAUAUCAACAGAUUGGUGACUAUUAGAAUGUGUGCCGACAUCAUGCACUCAGAUUUGAUUGUCGUUGCUAGAACUGAUUCAGAAGCGGCCACUUUGAUUAGCUCAACAAUCGAUACUAGAGAUCAUUAUUUUAUUGUCGGUGCCACCAACCCAAAUAUUGAGCCAUUUGCCGAAGUUUUGAAUAACGCGAUAAUGAGUGGUGCAUCGGGACAAGAACUAGCUGACAUUGAACAAAAAUGGUGCAGAGACGCCGGACUGAAGUUAUUCCAUGAAGCCGUAAUUGAUGAGAUUGAAAGAUCUGCCUUACCAAAUAAGCAAGAAUUGAUCAAAAAAUUCACCUCUAAAGUGGGUCCAUUGACUGAAACAUCCCAUAGGCAAGCCAAAAAGCUCGCUAAAGAGAUUCUUGGCCACGAAAUCUUCUUUGACUGGGAACUACCACGCGUAAGGGAAGGAUUGUACCGUUACAGAGGUGGGACACAAUGUUCUGUCAUGAGAGCUCGUGCAUUCGCUCCAUAUGCUGAUUUGGUAUGGAUGGAAUCUAACUAUCCAGAUUUCCAGCAGGCCAAGGAGUUCGCUGAAGGUGUUAAAGAGAAAUUCCCUGAUCAAUGGCUAGCUUAUAAUUUGUCUCCAUCCUUUAACUGGCCAAAGGCCAUGUCUGUUGAUGAACAACAUACCUUCAUUCAAAGACUGGGUGACCUAGGUUACAUUUGGCAAUUCAUUACAUUAGCCGGUUUGCACACUAAUGCUUUGGCUGUCCAUAACUUCUCUCGUGAUUUUGCCAAGGAUGGGAUGAAAGCCUACGCCCAGAAUGUUCAGCAGAGAGAAAUGGACGAUGGUGUUGAUGUAUUGAAACAUCAAAAAUGGUCCGGUGCAGAGUACAUUGAUGGGUUAUUGAAGUUAGCUCAAGGUGGUGUUAGCGCAACAGCUGCUAUGGGUACUGGUGUCACUGAAGACCAGUUUAAAGAAAAUGGAGUAAAGAAGUAG